CACGCACGGCGGCGGAGGCGCCCCGCGCCGGGCGGGUGUUUAUAAACAGCGGGACACCCGCGCCGCGCGCCGAGCGGGGCCGAGCCCCGGCGCGCGGCGGAGGGGGAGGAGAGGCGGCGCCGAUUGGCUGCGCGGCUCGCGGGCCCCUAUAUGCGGCGGGUGAUUGGGGCGGCCCGCGCGCGCGGGCGGCGGCGCGAGCCCCCUGCCCCGAGGACGGAAGCGGCAGCGGCUGCCGGGGCUCGCCGGUCAGGUACCGCCGUCUGCGCCGGGCCGGCCGCCCUCCCUCCCGCUCUGCCGGUGCGUUCGCUUGCAAAGAGCAGUCCGCCUCCCUCGCUUUCGGUGUGAAGCGAGUAGCUGGGUGUUCAUCUUCAUGAAGGAAAGAAGCACAGGAGAAGACCCAGUCAGAGCUGUAGCGUUCACGUCAAGAUGCUCCAAAGGGAAGACGCUCAUCUGCAAGUCUCGUCUUUCAAAACUGUCUGUGUUCUUUCCAUGAGAGAAAAAUCUUUUUUGAGAAAGAUGACUUGUGAAAUCUGUGAGCAAAGCUGGCUUUGCAAGGAUGCCGAAUGAAAGACAACGUGCCUUACGAUGGACACUUACCUUGGAGUGACACUGUGCUCUUAAACUAAAACACAGGCACUGUAAAAACACUGAUCCCAAACAAGAAUAAGGAUUAUAGAAACUGCAUCAGAAUGUUUGUUAGUCCCAGAAGAGUCAGAAAAUGCCAUUUUUUGCAGAUAUUUGCCACCUGCUUUGUAUUGUGUCUUAUGAUUUUUUGGGCACCAUUUGAUAAUCAUAUUGUGAGUCAUAUGAAGUCCUAUUCAUACCGAUACCUCAUAAAUAGCUACCAUUUUGUGAAUGACAGCCUGUCUAUCAACAGGGAUAACUUGGGCAGAGUAUCAAGCUACCAGUACCUGAUCAACCACAGAGAGAAAUGUCAGCAGCAGGAUGUCCUUCUCCUAUUGUUUGUGAAGACUUCUCCUGAAAACAGUCAUCGGAGGGAUGCAAUUAGACAAACUUGGGGUAACGAGAAGUAUGUUCGUUCUCAACUUAAUGCCAACAUUAAAACUCUUUUUGCUUUAGGGCGACCAGCAGGUCAGCAGCAGCAAACACAGCUGCAAAGAGAACUUCAGCUGGAAGACCAGAAAUACAAUGAUUUGAUUCAGCAAGACUUCUUGGAUACUUUUCACAAUCUUACUCUUAAAUUGCUUUUGCAGUUUAGCUGGGUGAAUGCGUACUGUCCUCAUGCCAAGUUCAUUAUGUCUGCAGAUGAUGAUAUAUUUAUCCAUAUGCCAAAUCUUGUUGCUUAUCUCCAAAGUCUAGCACAAAUGGGUGUUCAAGAUUUCUGGAUUGGUCGUGUCCAUCGUGGAUCACCCCCCAUAAGAGACAAGAGUAGCAAAUACUAUGUUCCAUAUGAAAUGUACCAGUGGCCCUCUUAUCCUGACUAUACAGCAGGAGCUGCUUAUGUAAUAUCAAAUGAUGUAGCAGCUAAAGUAUAUGAGGCUUCAUUGACCCUCAAUACAAGUCUUUAUAUAGAUGAUGUUUUCAUGGGUCUCUGUGCCAAUAAAAUGGGAAUUGUACCACAAUAUCAUGCAUUUUUUUCUGGGGAAGGAAAGGCUCCAUAUCAUCCCUGCAUUUAUAAAAAAAUGAUGACUUCUCAUGGACACGUAGAUGAUCUUCACCAGCUCUGGAAGGAGGCUACAGAUCCCAAAGUUAAAGAGUUUUCUUCAGGGGUUUGGGGUAGAAUAUACUGCAGACUAGUUAAUAUUGUGCUUCUCUGUAAACUAUACUAUGAGGACACGUAUCCUUGUUCAGCUGCAUUUUCUUGAUACUUGAAUAUCUGCAUUGAAGAUCGACUGAGCCAAAACAACUGUAGCUGUUUAUUCAAAAUACGUAAAUGUGGAAAGAGGUAAAACUUACAUGUGAAUAGUUGGGGUUUGGGGGGGGAAAGAUGGUCCCAAAUUCUGUUCACGAUCUCUUAUUGGAAUAACUCUCCUAUUGUAUUGCAACUUUUUACAUUGUAUCCUCUUCCUUUACACUCUCCAAGGGAUGCAAAUCUGGAUUAAAUGAACUAUAACGGACUUGACUUCUAGACUUUGAAAUGCUUGGUGAAAAUGUCUGCUACUUUGAAAUUGUCAGUAAGUCUUAAGUUUUCUUUAAAAAAUGUAUGUGAACUAAGGCAUAUGAUAAAAAAUAAUCUUCUAUAUCAAAAUGGAGUAGACCUUUCAAAACGUGAGGAAAAUAGAACUUCUGACUUGAUGAAUGAGACUAUUGCAGUAAUUUAGAGCAAUGUUAAUCAGUUACAAAUAUUCACCAGUUCUCAGUGCUUCAUGGAAAGUAAGUAUGGACCUGCACAAUUGACAAACAGUGAGUGCUAGAAGUGAAGACUACUACAACCUUUUCCUCAAAGCUUGCUAAGUCUUUGAAAUAGGGAAACAGUGUUUGAGUGCCCUCUGACUUGGUUGUUUUAAAGUAACAAAGGAGUUCCCUCUAGAACCUGAAAGAAUAAAAAUCAAGCUAUUGCUUGUGUAACUCUUUUUGCUCAUCUUUCUCUGCCUUCUGAAGACCGAGGCAGUAUAUUUAGAGUCCAAUCUUUAAUAAGCAAAUAAGCUAAAUGUGUUUUUUUAACAAUACCUGUGCUUUCCAGUAUUCGUGGUUCUGAAGGUGAAAAGCAAGCAAAAGUCCCCAAAAAUAUUACUUACAGGUAUUUUGAAGCUGUUAAAGACUGUAAAAAGCAAAAUUUCAUGCUUGUAUAACAAAGGAGGAAGAUACUUGCUGCACAAAGUUUGACUUCACAGUGAAAGGAUAGGGAGAUGAUCAUCCACAGAAACUUAGUACACAAAUCAAAAUCACAAAAACUUCUGUAGCCUUAAGCACAAGGAUAGUCUUUAAAAUUUCAGGGUAGUUUGUGUCCACAAAACCCUGUAUCUUAAAUAUAUUUCAAUGUUAAUAUCAGCUGCAGGAGGAAUAAAACACCUGUGUGUUGUAGAUCAGGAUAGAAUUCAAGUGAUAUUUAAACUCCAGCUGUUUCGAAUUGUACUGUGGUGCCAUAUAAAUAUUGCAGAGAAUCAAAGUUCUAGGAUGUCUGCAGUCUUUUCUUGUGUAGCUCACUAGUGGUGUUUUCACAGACUCUCAGGACAGAUAUUUGAGUUGCUAAUUGCCAAACCUGUGGUAGCUCUUCCUGGAUUGGACGCACAGCCCACAAGGUACAGUCAGAUACUGCUUAUGAUCUGAUCUGAUGCUGGAAAAAGUUCGAGCAUAGAUAGUGUCAGAAAACUACUUCUGAAAGCUUGAAUGAGUCAAGCUUACCCAGCAGAGCAAUAACAAUGCAAAAGCUCACAAAUCAUCAAGCAUCUGUUGGAAACGUGCUAAUUACAGGAGCAAUACUACUUGUUUUCUGUCUGAGCCUAGACUUUUUCCUUCUGCCUGAAGUUCCUCCCUGUGUGGAGCAGUGAGGUACCUGACCUGUGUUUUUUGACUUUUCUGUGGAACAGCUAUACAGACUUAAGUAACUGCUACAGCUGUUGGAGCUGUGCUGCAGGUUUUAAUGGUUUGAAUGGCUAAUGGUUUAUAUUAGUGUAGACAGAAUCCAGGAGUGAGCUUGCUGUUCUCUAAGAUGCCAUUUCAGAUGUAUGGUAGGUAAUUACUGGAAUUAAGUGAAAUAGAUAGCUUUCUGUAAUUGGUUUUCCAGAAAGAAAAGAAUAAGAAUCCUAACAGGACCCAAAUGUUUGGUAUGUACAGAACCCACAAAUAAAUCAUUUAUCAGUUUCAGAAUGAUUGAAGAAUGUAACAGCUGCUACUUUAAAAAGAACAAACCCAGCCUGUACAGAUUGAUUACAGUAAUGAGGAUGCGGGUACUUUAAAAGAAAAAAAAAACAAAAGACGGCGCUAGAUCUGUAUAACCUGUUGGCUUACAGAGAAAUAAAGGCACAUAUAGAGAAAGUAGUAUUCUGUGCUGAGGGAAAGCUGCUUCAUCAGAUCUCUGACCAUUUAAAUCAACAAGCUGCACAGCAAAAUGGCGCUAAUAGAAAAAGCCACCCUGUUCACUGUGGGGAAAGAGGGUCUUCAUACACAGUAUGCAACUGAAAUGUACUAAUAAGACAUUUUUUUCCAGCAUAACUAUGUGCUGGGAUUUAUUAUUUUCACUCAUACAAAAAAAGGUAAAAUAAGUUUUAACUAAGUAGCUUAAACUUCUAUGGGGUAGUGACCUAGCUAACACCUAAAACACUGCUUAGAUGUAAUUUGCCAUUAUCUGAAAGUCAUUUUUUACUAUUGUAACACUUUGUUUUACAGCUGGUUUGAAUUUUGUUUGGUUUGUUUUUCAAAAGGGCCCUGAUGUUUGUAGUAUGCAUUUUCUUUUGCUGCAGUGAAGAGAAGUUGCUUGUUGAAUAAAAAGGAAAGCAUGAAGGCACUCCUUUCAAAAAAUGGAGAUGCUGGAAAACUUAUUUUCUGGUUCUAAACGGUGACUUAAGAUUUGUACACCUUCAUGUGGAAUCUUUUGUAACAAUAGUCUCAGUGCUCCAAUGCAGGGCUGUCAGGUUUUACUUCUACAAAUAAAAUUCUUGUCAGCCUGAAUGGUCACUCCUCAUUAAGAAUUUGACAUUGUUGCACAGCAUAUUUAAUGCUAAAUUUUUUUUACCUGUUUGUUUGGUUUGCAUCAUUUUCCCUUUGAUACUACUAAUUUUUAUACAAAUUAUUCAAUAUUUAUUCUUAAACUUUGCUCUGUACCACAAAGACAAUUGUUUUAUAAAAUUUGUUUUGAAUAAACAGUCUUAUUUCUUUUUUAAAAAAAAAAAAACACACCACAAUGAGGUUAAAUAUUUCUUGUUGUCGUCUUUGUAACAGACAAGCUGAGCUCUGAUGCUUUUAAGUGCUGUUCUGAGUUCCCUGUCAAAGAGAGGACUUCAAACUGCUUCCCCUUCUGCGCCGUUCCUCAUAUUCUACCUUGAACCAAACCUUUUGUGGUGUCUUCAAGAAAGGAGAGGACUCAUAAAUUUGUUUACCAAGCUUCUAGGUCUGAAGUUGUAUAAAACUGCCAGAUGUUAGAAGCUUAACCUGUUGUUAAUAUUAACUCCAAAUGUGUAUGUUCUUUUUAGGCAACUGUUCCUAAGAGAUGUGUAUCUAUCUAAGUAAGUUCUAUUUCAGAUGACACUCUGCAGCUUUUGAAAACUAGCUGAUGGUUUGGAGACCAGUUGUAUUUUCAUAGGGUAUAAUUAAAUUCAGAUAGGAGUAAGUUGCACUUUUGUAUGUUUCUCUCAUUUGCCUAGCAUAAUGUAUCAAGCUGGUAGUUUUAGAAAUGCAGUCUUUUGCAUCAAGUAAUUUCAGCUUAUACUUGAGUGAGAUAGAGGCAUAACUGAAUUGUACUGAAGAAAACAAAGGAAAUUAAGUCAGUGAAGACUGUGGGGUUUGGUUUGUUGCAGGGUGAGUUUUGUUGUGGGUUUUUUUUGGUUUGCUGGUUUUUGGUUUUGUUUUUCUUUGCUCUUCUUGCCCUAGAAACAGUGCAGUAUAACUAAAUUGAACUGGGUUUUCAUUGCACCUCUUAAACUAAAAUGACUUAAGUAUUUUAGACUAAAUCAUUAAUAAUCCCUUUCUCAAGACUUUGCAGAAAGGGAGAGAAGAUUUUUGCUUGCAUUUAAGAAACCAGAAACUUCUUACAGGCAUAUAGUCAAAUGUGAAUAUCCUGAAUGCAAUGAGAUGAUCUUUAAUACUGCUUUUUUUGUACAUAUAUGCAAGGCUUAUUCUAAUGAUUUAUUUUCUCAUGCCAUGUAAUUAAUACUUCUAAGAAAAAAGGAAAUUGCAAAAAAACCCCAAGCCCCCAACUGAAAAUAAAAGAUAAAUCUUG